AUGCUUCUGCGAACCGCGCAAUUGCAAUGUCGCAUUGCGCCACAAAACUUUUAUAGAUCUCGUCUUUCCCUCGCCAGCCCGCUCAACCUGGGAUCGAAUCGCUAUGGCGCACUACGAUGCACAUUCACAACGAGAGGAAGCCUGUCCAAGGACCAACCUGCCGGUACGCAAGAGAAGGGCGGGCCGCUUACCACAACUCCAACGACAAGAAGUACUGCUACCAUCGACGUAAAGAGUACGGGAGGAAAGAAGGAUGUCGUUGGCGUCACAAAAGCGGACAGCAAGAAGCCGGGUGCCUUGCUAUCCGAGACUAAUGUUACAUCCAAAGAGCAAAGGAAGGUGGACUGGGCUAUCAUGAAAGAAAUGGCGAAGUACCUUUGGCCUAAGGACGAUUGGAAUACGAAACUUCGGGUUGGGAUAGCAUUAUCUCUGCUCGUUGGAGGAAAAAUUCUAAACGUCCAAGUCCCGUUUUACUUCAAGAACAUAGUUGACUCCAUGAAUGUCGAUUUCGCAGCAAUAGGCGGGACUGCUUGGACGGUCGGGGGGUCCAUGAUAAUAGCAUACGGCGUAACGAGAAUUGGAGCAACAUUGUUUCAAGAAUUGCGAAAUGCGGUAUUCGCAAGCGUUGCCCAAAAGGCCAUUCGGAAGGUGGCGCGCGAUGUAUUCGAUCAUCUCCUCAGACUUGAUUUGAACUUCCAUUUGAGCCGCCAGACAGGAGGCCUCACCCGUGCCAUCGACAGAGGUACAAAAGGAAUCAGCUUUCUGUUGACGUCAAUGGUCUUCCAUGUGUUCCCAACCGCGUUAGAAAUCUCAAUGGUUUGCGGUAUUUUGACAUAUCAAUAUGGCCCAAAGUUUGCUGCAAUAACUGCUGCUACCAUGUUGGCGUAUACAGCAUUCACCAUUACGACCACGGCUUGGCGAACGAAAUUUCGAAAGCAGGCCAACGCUGCCGACAAUCAGGGAGCAACGGUAGCAGUUGAUUCCCUCAUUAAUUACGAAGCCGUGAAAUACUUCAAUAAUGAGAAGUUUGAGGUUUCCAGGUAUGAUCAAGCGCUAAAGAAAUACGAAGCCGCAUCAAUCAAAGUCACGACUUCAUUGGCGCUUUUAAACUCCGGCCAAAAUUUGAUCUUCUCAAGUGCGCUAGCUGCUAUGAUGUACUUAGCCUCCGAUGGCGUGGCUACGGGACAAUUAACGGUUGGUGACCUUGUCAUGGUUAACCAGUUAGUAUUUCAGCUAUCGAUGCCUCUAAAUUUCCUAGGUUCGGUAUAUCGUGAGCUAAGGCAGUCGUUGAUGGACAUGGAGACUCUGUUCAAUCUCCAAAAGGUCAACAUUAACGUCAAAGAGGCUCCCGACGCUAAGCCUUUACAGCUUCGGCAGGGUGGAGAAAUCCGCUUCGAGAACGUUACAUUUGGAUAUCUUCCAGAUAGACCUAUUCUGAAAAAUGUCUCCUUCACAAUUCCAGCUGGUAAGAAAAUUGCUAUCGUUGGACCAAGUGGAUGUGGGAAGUCAACUAUCCUUCGCCUCCUUUUCCGAUUCUAUGACGUGCACGAGGGUCGUAUCUUGAUCGAUGGCCAAGAUAUUCGCGGCUUGACUGUAGCCAGUCUAAGAAAAGCCAUUGGAGUUGUGCCACAGGACACUCCUUUAUUCAAUAACACUAUUGAGCACAAUAUCCGAUAUGGCAAGAUUGAUGCUACGACUGAAGAGGUUAAAAGGGCUGCACAGCGAGCCCAUAUCCAUGAGCUUAUCGAGCGAUUGCCUGCAGGAUAUGAUACCCCUGUUGGAGAGCGAGGUAUGAUGAUAUCGGGAGGAGAAAAACAGAGGCUAGCAGUGUCACGAUUGAUAUUAAAGGAUCCACCAUUGCUGUUCUUUGAUGAGGCGACAUCCGCCCUCGACACAUAUACCGAACAGGCGCUACUUCAGAAUAUAAACAGCAUUCUAAAGGACAAGGCGCGGACAAGCGUCUUCGUAGCCCAUCGCCUUCGCACAAUCUACGAUAGCGAUCGAAUUAUUGUCCUAAAGGAUGGUCUCGUUGUCGAAAGUGGCAGCCAUAUUGAGCUCCUAGAACUAGGUGGCGUAUAUGCAGAGCUGUGGAAUACUCAAGAGACGGAUAUCACCAGCUCGUAA